CACAUUUCCAACGAUGCUUUUUGUAGGAAAAUCACGAGAUUCAGGUAAUUUAUAGUUUAUAUUUAUAAAAAUUUUGGGAAAUUUUUGGAAUUUAGAAAAAUAUUUUGAAGAAAUGGCGAAAAUUUAAGAUAUGCGGAAAAAUUUUUGGCUUCACGGAAAAUUUUUGUAUGUCCGGAAAAAAUUUUUGACCCCUAAAAUGGUACACUGACCGAAAUUUUUUUGGCGACGGGGGGGGGGAGGUCGCCAAAAAAUUUUGCAGUGAAAAAAAAUAUUUCAGUAAAGGUGCCCUUGGUGUGCGUCCGCCCCCCUUUGCCCUAUUAUCGUUCCAGCGUCCCUGGCUAUCCAGCUUCCUUGUUGCGAUUGGCAUGAUGAUAAAUUAAGUAAAUCCAAUUAACUCAACUACAUCUGUGAUAUAUCGUGAUGGGCAUGUCCCGGCGUAUAGCAUAGAUGUGUGCGUCACGUCCUGAUUAUAGUUGGCACCUUAUGUCCAUUUAAUACAUGAUUUCAAUUGAUGUCCAAAACUUGAAAUUUUUAACCACUUCCUGAAACAGUAUACAUAUGUUUUUAUAUUUUAGCAAUGAAUGGUUUCGAUUUCAUAUCAGUUUAUCUUUUGAUAACGUUCCUCGCUUUUUGGAUUGAUGGCUUAUCACGUAAGUUAUUCGCAUCAGAAAUUAAACUGGAUUUUUCGUAUAGUAUACAGUAGGAAAUAAAGGAUUACACUAGACUUACUUCAAUUUCCUUGUUUUAUGAACAUAUGCACGUUUACAUAUUUGGCAAAACUUACAAUCAUAAGUUAUAAUCAUUUUUAAUCAGUGAUGUACCGAUAUGGAAUUUACCGAUAUUCAUGCAAGGGUCGAUAUUGGCCGAUACCGAUGUUUUAUUUUACUGUAGAAACUUCAUCAUAAAUAACUAUAAGUUGAGACUGGCCAUGCAUGCAUUAUCUUUGAAGAUGCCUAUAUGCACUAUUUACCAAAUAAGCGGCCGUGUUGUACAGGGUGUAUCAAAAAAAGCGCAAUCCUCAAUUGAAAUGUAAAUUGCUAAACAAAUAAUAGACGAAAACGUUAAAGUUUACAUUCAUUUUAAAGCGUAGCCAUUGAGCUUUCUAACAGUGGGUUGUUUCUUAAAUUUGACUCAUUGGUUCGCGGCUAAUAAUACUUUACGUUAUUGCGAUUGGAGAUUAAAAAAAUUGAGAUGGAAUAACAAAUCGUUCUCAUGAAAAUAACUGAUUUUUUCCAUUAAAACAAAAAAAUGUUGCAUUUUAUUAAAUGGAUUGUAACAAUAAGUAUAAUUACGGCUUUCCUUCCACUAUUUUUAACUCAGUUUUAAACUUAAAAUGCGAUAUAAUGUUGGCUUGGACCAUCUAAGCUGACUGACAUCAACUUGCUAUAAUUUCUGUUUACAUUACAUCGCAAUUCGAUGACACUCUGGCUCAGACACCAGAAUGUUUUGACGAUUUUUAGCAUUCGUUUAGGAUUUUAAUUUGUUCUUACGUGGUUUUCCAGAUGUAGUGACGACAACAUUAAAGUUUAAAGAAGAAAAUUCUAACAUUUAAACCGACUAAACUAUAACAUAGUAAACUUGCAUAAUUAAACAGCAACUAAAAAUGAUAGGUUUUACUAAAUCUUUUCCUGUGCAAUUAUUACUAGCAUUGGAGACAAGGAUAAUAGUUUGUUUGAAAGAGAAAAGAACAGGCUUUGAAGUAAGCCUAAAAGCGUUUAACUGGAAAUAGUAUUUCGAAAGUUAUUAAGCAUAAAAGAUGAAUUGCGUUUAUUUUGAUACACCCUGUAUACAAACUCAAGCCGAAGGAAAUGCCUUGUGAAACUUCCUGAUUUCUGAAACUUCCUGAGACAUUCGUAUUUUUUCAACAAUUUAAACUGAAUGAAUGGUGAGAAAAUUGAAGUUAAAGUUUAUGUAAAUUAACAUGAUUUUGUAUCAGAUGUACAAACGCCUUGACGGUCAUGCAUGAUUUCGUUUGUGUUAUCUUCAUGAAAUAUUAAUGAGUUUCACAGAAUUAUAUUGAAUUUAUAUAUUGAACAUUCGGGUUGUGUUCAGUACACCCCAAUUGGAAUCCCAAAUCAUAUACUUAAAAUAUUUAAAAUAUAUUGUAGAAAUUUUUUAUAAUAAAAUACCAAUAAUAUCGGCAACAAAAACCCCAAUACCGAUAUAAUAAUUAUGAAUUACCGAUAUCCGAUAUGCCGAUAUGGAUAUACAGCUAUUUCAAUUAAGGUUGCCCCCCAAGGCCGAGCAAAGCGGAAAAGUCGAAUACGAGCGCGAAAGGCUGCUGGGAAUCGCUAAUAAAUUCAUUCAUAUAAAUAUGCUCGUAUUCGACUUUUCCGCUUUGCUCGGGGGACAACCUUAAUUGAAAUAGCUGUAUAUUAUUAUAUAUUUAUAUCCCAUGAAGUUGCUCUCACCAAGGCAUGUGGUACAACACGGUGACUCAACGCAUCCAGACAUGCCCAGAGCGUAAUGGGGCCAGGGUGCUCAAACGACCACAAGGGAAGUGAGCUUUGCAUUAGCGCUAAUAGACACCCAUUAACAACUCCGCAGAGUGCUCAAUGCAUUACUGUUUUUAAUUAAUACCAAAUAUUUCCUUUGGCUUUUUAUUCUAGACGAGCUACCUCCGGAAAAAUGUCGCUUGUUCUUUCUCAAUGCAACUGCAAAAUAUCAUGAAGAAAACAAACCACCCACCAUGGAAGAUCUAAAAAAAAUCAUCCCAAUUUUAAUCGUUCCGUACGAUUUAUCAACCCCGAAAUUCAGAUGCAAUGAAACUACAGUGACUUUACAAAACGUUACAUUCACCUCAAGUCGCGCGCUUAAUGAGACAAGACUUGAUCUGGUAUUCAAAAUCGAACCCAAAAAAAAUUUGACAAAACAUUGGGCAUAUUUAUGUGCAGAAAACAUGUUAGAUCAAGGUUCCGACAAAUUUCGUGAGGUUGAAAGAUUCUUAAGACUUCGCAAUGACGAUAUGUCGGCACCGUUCUACGUGGUAGAUCAGAAAGCGUGUUGUGAAGAUCAACAUCUAUACUACGAACCGUGCUGUAGGAAGGAAUAUACCCUGAGAAACCUAACAUGUGGUAAGUAAGGGCCUGUUCAUAUGAGUUGUUGAAGUUGUUGAAGGCAGGGUUAAUCCGUACAUCAUGGUGUAAGGAAGAGUCAAAUUCCAGGACUUUUCAAGGACAUUCGAGGCCAUGUAUCAGCAAAUUCAACUAUUCAUGGACCAAAUACUGAAGAGUAAGGCGUUAGAAAUCAGUAAAAUGUGACGUUGAAUUGUUCAAAAAGGGCGCAACUUUAAUGAAUUUCAAACAGCUUUAUCAGAUAUGAAAAUGCCAAGCAAUUCAACAAAAUGUCCGUUUUGAAUGUCAAACAAUUUCAGAAAAUGUCCAUGAACUAAAGAAAGAAGAAUUUAAGGAAAUUCAAGCAUAUUCAAGACCUUCGUUUCUUUUGGCUUAUCUCAUUUAGUUAAUAUCAUGAAAUAGUAGACAGUGGUCAACUAGAAAGCUAUGCUCCUUUGACCACUGUGCACUAACACUAUAUUGAUUUUAUCUUCCUUUUUCUUUUCGUUCUAUGAUCUAUUCCAUAAUUGCUUGUAAUUAAUCUAAUGAAAUAGUGCCGUUAAAGCCUCUUGAAUCUUGAAUUUUUGUUUUUAAAUUCAAGGACAUUUAAGGACUUUCAAGUUUUGUACGAACCCUAUAUCAUUUCUACAUUUUCAGUCAAAGAUCUUGAAAGGGAAAACGACAGUCAAAAAGGUGAUGUAGCGAAGAUGGAAAGAGAGACUGGCCGGGACAAUUGCGAACCAAGUAAAUACUUUUAUUAUAUAUAGAUACUGAGUUUUACGAAUUGAUUCACGUAUUUUAAUGAAAGGAAAAUCUCAGUAUCUAUAAUAUAAACAAAUUUGUUCUUGGGAAGUGCUUUUGUAUCGUAGGUUUUCACAAAACUCGCUCGCUCAUUGCAAUCAUAUGCUAUGCGUCAGCACUUUCCAUGGACAAAUAACCAUGGACAAGUAACCCAGCGGGCAAAAUGACGUUUAUCCAACGUUGAAUCAACGUUGGAAAUGAUCUUCCAGACGUUGGAUAAACGUUGAAAAAGGGUUGACUAUGCAAAUUGGAUCGACGUUACUGUUUCGACGUUGAAACAACGUUGAAAUUAGGUUGCCAAUCUCGUCAACCAUAAUUCAACGUUGAAUUCACGUUAAAACAACGUUGAGAUUGGUUCACAAAUCGACGUCGUACAUUUAACCAUGAAUGAACGUUAAUUCAACGUCUGCUGGCUGCUGUUGAACCAAUGUUUGUAAAACAACGUCAGAGCAACGUAGAUAUUAGGUUGUCGACGUCGCAACCUUUUUCUACCAAAUUUCAACGCUGAAACAACGUCGUGUGCCCGGUUAACUAACCAAUAACAAGCCUGAACAAUAUUUUUCUCUUUCUAACUAUACAGGCUGGCAAAAACCCAACUGAAUCUCAUUUUGCUUUUUCCAGGUGGUCCGCUCUCUGUCGGUAUUAUCAUUAUCAUCAUAUGUGCCAGUUUGAUUUUGUUUGUCACCAUUAUCUUGGUCGGAUUGAGAGUUUGGAAACAUAAACAUCGUCCUAACAGAAGUGGAUAUGACGAUGUGCCCGAUGUGAUAACUACAGAAGGACAGUCUGAAGAACGAAGGGUAUGAAAAAACGAACUCAGUAAAGGACAAAGACUUUGCUAUUAAGAUCUAUUUAGUUGGAAGAAGCACUUCUAUAGUUUGGCUUUACCAAACACUGGAGACUAUAGCCAGUUUUCCACCUAUCGUAACGUAACGUACCGUAGCAUUUUCUUUUUUGUCGAAGUCAUUAGUUCCACUCUAGCGCUCAGGAAACAAAGAGAUACGCUACGUUUCGUUACGAUUGAAGUGGAAUUGUGGAAAACUGGCUUAUAGGUUCUCCUUCCAGGAUCGAAAAACACUAUGGCCUCUACUGAAUCUCUAGUGAUAGCAAUUUAGAAUGUAUAGAGGUUUCUAGUACAAAUUCAUGAAGUAGUCUUUGUUUAGCCCCCCCCCCCUCCCCCCGUAGUACACUCUAAAAACACUCCAGGUAAAAUACCUGGUUGAAUCUCGUGGGUAACCUUAAAAAUAACCCUAUUUGGAUUAACUUAAUAUUCCUGGUCAAUUUUCUUGGACUUUCCGGUUAUUAAAUUAACCAGGGACGUCGCUACCGAGUAACAACCCCAAUAAUUCAAAACGUUGGUCAAAGUUUGUCAAAAUGGAAAAUAUUUGCUUCAAAUUGAAGGUCAAAGUUGGUAAAAUUUGGUCAAAGUUUGAGGAGAUAAAAGAUGGUCAAAGUUGCUCAAAGUUAUGAAAUCGUUCACAAUUUUAACAAUUUCUAAGCUUUGGUUAUGUUUGCGUUGAAAAGUUGCAAUCCUUGGUUAUUUCGGUCGAAAAAAUAUUGAAGAUUUGCUUAUGUUAAUCCGGAAAAUUUUUUUGCACCUCCCUCCCCCGCCGACAACGUUUUCGGGAACAUUUCCACGACUUGGUCGAAAUUCUAGGAAAAAGUAGUCAAAACAUAGCGAUCCCCCCCCGAAUGUUGAUGCCUUCGCGACGUCCCUGAAAUUAAUCAGACUAUGUUAGAUCGAUAAAUAACCAGGGUCCCUUGCAAACGUUAACCAGAGUGUUUUUAGAAACUGUGUACCGGUAAUACCACAGUAUUUUUAUAAAAUAAGAAAUGGCGUUUACCUGGAUUUCUAUAUAUAGCGAAAAUAUUGUGACUGGAUUUAUGACAUUAGGAAAAAUAGAGUGAUCAACGUUUGUUGAUUUGCCCAUCUAGCAAUCCAAAUAAACCAAUGAUGAUAUGACUAUUUUUCUAAUCUUUCAUGAUAUAGGACACUGGUGAAUCCACCUCUGGUCAAAAUGUUGCUGUACCGGUCAAAGAAGAAACCAUAGAUGGCUAUAUGAGAAUGCAAAAUUUGAGCCAAACAAACCUCAUAGAACGAAACACCAGACCAACCAGCAUCACCACCACCACUACCAACAACAACAACAAUAACCACAACACCCGCACCUCCAGCAACAACGAGAGUGGUCAGAAUUCUCCACUACGCUCAAAGUCCCCAAACCGUCCUAUAUCCCGCGCAGAAAUGCUGUUCAAUUUUGACAAACACAUCCCUAUUGAGGCAAUAGAUUUCACAAACAAGAUGCUUGGACGAGGACAGUUUGGUCAGGUGGAAUUGGCUUACGCAACAAUUAGUGGAAUCAGAAAGAAAUGCGCUGUGAAGAUGAUACGUGGUAGGCUUGCCAUCAAUAACUUCGAGCGGACGAUUAUAUACAAUUUUCAGACUUAACCGGAGCAGUUGCCAUAUAUGCAACUAUAGGUCCUCUGGUAGGAAUCGAACGUACGACCCUGCGAUUCCGGUGCAGAGCUCUAACCAACUGAGCUACAGAGUCCAGUUGUCGAGCCGUAACCACAAGUUUGAUCUGAAAAUCGUUUAUACUCUUCCGCUCUCCAAAAACCUUCAACUGUUAAUUCUAUCGAGGGAGAUGCGCAAAGCUUGAUAUUACCCUUCAAAAUCUAGAGAUUUCCCUUUGUUUUAAUUUGUGCUAGUGUUAAAAUGCCACUUCGAACCUCAUUAAUAAUUCAUGAGGAAAACACAAAGUAAAAUCAUAAGCGCGCGUGUCGUAUCUUUAUAGGUGAUAGAGAUUUCCCUUGAUUUACAUAAACUUUAACUUUGAUUUUCUCGACUUACAUAACGUAUUUUUUGAAAAUUACUUCGCCAAUGAACUAAUUACUAGAUCGAUCGUUUUUGAAGCAAUUUAAAACAUUCGCAGUGCGUGUUUUAUCAGACCUAAGAAUACUCGGCUUCGCCUCGUAUCUUUAUAUCUGAUAAAACACUGCUGCUCAUGUUUUAAAUAUAUAGUGCAUCAAUAACUUUCAGCACGUGUUUGUAUAUCUGUUAUAGUACUGACGCUGUAUAUAUUGUAUAUAAGUAUAUUACAUAAGCCAUAAUUAAGCUAUCCAAACAUGCUCUGCAUUCGAGAAUACAAAAUAUUAAGUAAACAGUUUAUGACGUGUUGCGGAUUAGUUGUUGCGCGGUUUUCUUGAUUUUUGGUAUAAUUGUACUGCUUAUUAUUAUCAUUUAAUUUUAUCAUUCAGGCAGGGGAACAGUGGAGGAUGAACGGGAACUAUUUGAAGAACUCCAGAUGCUCUACCAGAUCCCUUAUCAUCCCAAUGUGGUCAGUUUGCUUGGAGGAUGUAUGGAUGAAAAUAGUAUGUUUCCGUUUCCUUCAUUUUGAAGUAAUUGUAAAGUAGCUUAGUAUUUAUAAUGUAUUAAGAUAAAUCUAAAUACUUUCCUAUGAAUGUUACAAAUAUAUAUUCAAAUCAAAUAUAUAGAAAGAUAUAUAGAGAACCAAAUAAUAAGAAUCAUCAUGAAAAAUGGCGUUUGGUUUUUGUGAUGUUGUGUUGUUUUUGUGCAUUGUUCGUCGUCCUCGUUGCUGUUGCUGCUGUUGUUGUUGCUGUUGCUGUUGCUGUUGUUGUUGUUGCUGUAGCUGUUGUUGUUGCUGUUGUUGUUGUUGUUGUUGUUGUUGUUGUUGUUGCUGUUGUUGUUGCUGUUGUUCCUGUUGUUGCUGUUGUUGUUGUUGUUGCUGUUGCUGUUGUUGCUGUAGUUGUUGUUGCUGUAGCUGUUGUUGUUGUUGUUGUUGUUGUUGCUGCUGUUGUUGCGGUUGUUGUUGCUGUUGUUGUUGUUGUUGUUGUUGUUGCUACUGUUGUUGUUGCUGUUUCUGUUGUUGUUGCUGCUGCUGUUGUUGUUGUUUUUCUUGUUGCUGCUGCUGUUGUUGCUGCUGUUGCCGUCGUGAUCGCUGACGUUGUUGUCGUACAGUAGUUGUCGUUGCUGUCAUAGUUGUUGUCGUCGUUGUUGCUGCUGCCGUUGUUGUUGUGGUCAUCGUAUCCAUGUGUCAUUGUCGUUGUUGUUUGUUGCUAUAUAUUGUUGCUGUUGUCAUUGUUGUUUGUUCGCCAUAAAUAUUAAAUUACUUUCCACUCACCUAAUUUUAACACGUCUUUCUGAACAAUCAAGGUCCCCUGUACGUUGUGGUCGAAUACUGUGCCAACGGUAGCCUUCUAAAAUAUCUACAGAAGAACAGAGACAGUUCAAAUGCUUAUGUGAAUGUCAGCGGACCAAAGUUGGACUUUCGUUGGAAAUUACAAAGAGCUAUAGAGAUUUGUACGGGAAUGAUUUUCCUUGGACAGAGACAGGUUGGUAAUAUUUUGAAGCCAUAAUUUGGUUGGCAACUCGUGACUAUUAAUCGAUAAUAAUUAUGUAGCGUAUAUAUUUAACUAUUCUAGAUCAUUCAUCGUGACUUGGCUGCGAGAAAUAUUCUUCUCGAUGAAAAUGAAGUGGCUAAGAUUUCCGAUUUUGGAAUGGCGAAAGAUGUUUACCUAAGGGGACUGUAUGUCAAAGAAACUGCGGUAAUGCUUCUUUAUUUACUGUAUACUAAUUCUAAAUAGUUAGAUAAUGGAGCAGAUUGGUGAAAAUUAAAGAACAAUUGUGCAUUUGAGAUGAUAAAAACACACAACUUGACCUAAUGUUAGGUAUACCCUAAGGACAUAGUUUGGCUUUAAUAGGGGCAUUACAUAUGUUGCCACAAAAUUUGGGUUUUCCUACCAUUCACCUACUGUAUUUACCAUCUUAUAAAAAAGUGAAAUUCAAAAGUUCACUUUUAUAAGGUUAAACCUGCUAAACAACCGUAUUCUGUAGCCCCUUUUUCCCCCAUUUUGUGGUUUUUGACCGUUAAUAACUAGGGAUACAGUUCGAUGUAAACUUAAUGCGUAUUUAGCAUAACAGAUAACUUAAUUCCUCGCAAGCCAGGCUCUCCACUUCAGCUUCCCUUCCAAACACGCUCGGCCGAGGUAUGUGGUCUCCGAAUGCUCUCUAUUUAUAUAUGUAUUUAUAUAUUCAAUUCAAGUCUUGCAGUCUCGCGGGAGUAUUACGUCACGCUAGGACAUCAUCGCCCGAUUUGGGUGGCAUCUAUAGGACAGCAACGGAUGCCACAGUCACAGAAUAAGAAGGACAGCAGAAGUCUAACUCAAGCAAGUAUUUGUCCGCGUUUUUACAAGCAAUUCGUCAUCAAUCACACCAUCCUGGCUAGUACAACCGGCACUUUGUACCUACCAAAACCUGAUUUAAACGUCCGGUUGUACUAGCCAGGAUGGCGUGAGCGAAUUAAAAUUUUCGUGUACGUAAAACAAUAAGGGAACCGACUCGAGUUACACUUCUGCUCUACCUUCUUAUUCUUGUACCACAGUUGUCCGAAUUCGCCAGAACAAAAUGUUUUGCUCAAUCAUUUGCCACCCAAAAUGGCCAAAGUCAAGCAAUUACGUCAAAUUAUGUGUCGUUACGUUACUUACAAGGGCUGAAUAUAAACCAGGCUUAUAUAGGGCCCUUAUAAAAAGUACCGUCACGUAGGAUGUGAUAUCAAGUUUGUUCAAAUGAGCAGUAAUGGGGAUGAUGAGCAUGAAGCCUGGAGUUUACAGUUACUCCAACUUUGAAUGAAACUUCGAAGCAGCUCGCUUCGCGACUCCUGUAAACGCUCAACAGUCAAUCACAAAAGGACCGACGUGGGAAAAAUGUUGACCGCUCCACAAUGGUAAUUCUAUACGUAAUGACAUGCAGGAUUGUUUCAAUACAAUACUAAAUAUCGCAUAGUUUUUCUCCUGUUUUCUUAUGUAGUGACACUGAACGAAUACGGUGUAUUACGCCUAGAGCUAUUCUAUACUGUAUAAUCUUGAACAUGCAUGCAGCUUCGGAUUGAUAGGGAUACAACUACCUGAAAAAUACAAGGACAGCUAUAUAGAGCUGUUCUGUACAAGUAAAAUUAGUUCAGUUUGUUUUAGUUUAUCAGUUUGUUAAUUUUUGGAGACUCCAUGUUAGAAUGCCUGUCGACACGUUCUUGUAAACAAUGUCAAUGAUCAAGCGAAAGUCAAUAUAACGACAAUAUUAUAUUAUUGACGAGACGUAAUUUGCAUCAGAAGUGUUUAUAUUAAAUGUCCAUACAUUAUGGUAACUUUAAAGUUGAAUUAUUGCUCCUAAAAUAGUCAUCUGUUUCAGAAGAAAUUGUCUGAUUUCCAAAAUUUGGUAAAAUACUCGUCUAUAGACAAACAGUCUUCAACAAGACAAAGAGUCUUCAACAAGCUUCCGCAUGUUUGGCAACUGAUAAUUAUUUCAUCUUUACCAAAACUCUAAAACUCGGAAAUACAUACUUUAAUGCAAAAGUCGUGUCUUAAUAGAACCCACAUAAAACUCCUCCCCUGAAUUCUUCUUUAAGGGCAUGCUAUUAUUUACACUUUAUUUCACAAACAUGCGGUGUUCUUGAACUUUGCCGCAAAUAUACAUAACAGGAUAUACUUAUACCCAGACAAUACGCUUAUAUUACCUAAUUAUAUAUGACUCAUUGUAUUGAGGUCGGCGCACCCAUGGCCACACCGCGAAAUAAAAAAUUUAAAAAAAUGGUAACUAUUAAUGGUUGUGUGAAAUAAUUGUGGGCUUAAAAUCUUGAAUAUUCUAUUAUUACACUGCAAAAAUUGAUUAAAAAACGUGAGCAAAAUAUAACCACAGUGACCAUGACUUUAAAAUAUUGCGUAGAUUUCUUAGAUUUAUUAGCACAUUUACUCAUUUUUUUUGUGAAUUAAAAUCUGUACUCAAACAAUUGAGUAAAUUGAAACUUUACUAAACGAAUUGAGAAAAUUUGCUCAUAAAUCUGAGUAAUUUUAUACUCAUGAAAUUUUUUGUCUUUGAGUCAAAAUACUCAGCAAACUUUUUGCAGUGUAAAAUAAUAUAAUUCACAAUUUAACAUUAUUUUUAAUUAAUUUAUAUAUUUUCAUUUCUAGGGAUUUCUACCAGUGAGAUGGAUGGCAAUUGAAGCGAUUGAGUCAUCAAUUUACACAAUCAAAAGUGAUAUGUAGGUUACAGUGUUUUUGCUUUUUGCAUACCAAUCAGAAUGUUCCCACAUUUAAUUAGAGGAACAUCCCUUAAUGAGGGUAUUUGGCUGGGAGCUAGGCUGAAACGUUUAUAAAAGGCUGAUUAAGGUUCGGAAGGAAAAUUUUCGAAAUCAGCGCUCCCCAUUGCGUCUUUGAAUUAUUAUUAUUAUUUAUUAUUAUUAAACUGGUUUAAAAUAUCGCAUACAAUAACACAAAGCUAAAAUACUAUGCAAUUUACAAAGAUUAGUUACUAGAUAAAACAUCAUCCAUUGUUACUAGAGUUAAAAGUGUCUACAGCAUACGGUAUUGGACUGAAUUUAAAUCUAUUUGUUCUACUAUUAAAAUUAUAAAAAAGAUCUUUAUUAGAUCUGGUAUUUCCUGUUAUUAUCUGACACUUCCUUGGUGGGAGCAAGUGGUGAAGUUUGUGCUCUUCUUCUGAUAAAUCACUAACCAAGUUUAUACAAUGAUCUCUCCUUCGUUCUUCCAAUCUGGUAAUUUCAUUGACUGAAUUGAAUUGGUAUUUUUUAGUACCACUUCCCUUUCUCUGUCUACAUACUGUAUACUGAAACAAAGGUCUCUCAAUAGAGACCAAUUCGACAAAAUACACGGUUCAGUAUUUUGGUCAAAAAUUUGAGUAAAAUUAUCCACCCACGCGUGCAGUGACUCGAAAUUUUGAGGAAAAGAUACAUUUCCUCAAUGUUUUGAGUAAAGUUUCAAAUUUACUCAAUGUUUUAAGUAAAGAUUUACUUCCUGGCAGCAAAAUCCAAAAACAAAACUUUCCUGUCUAAGUGAAAUGUAGAACUUCCUGCAUAUCUGAGAUUUCAGAGAACGUAUGGUGCCUCGCAGUAUAGCCUAAUAAAUUUCAAUAAUCGACUUGCAAAAUGCUUUUGUAAACAAUAAGUAAAUGAUAUGGCAUCCCAGCAAUGCAUAUAAGAUGAUAAAAAUUUUCGACAAGAUGUAAGAAGAUUUGCUGUGAAGAUAUUUUGUUAAAAAAUUCCUGGCAACGGUGCUGCCGGACACUGUGGCUGCAUACUCAAGUUUUUGAGUAAAAAUUUUGGCAGUCUGGUUUCGACGUCAAUAUUUUUUUACUUUAUACCAAUAGGUGGUCGUUUGGCAUAUUGCUGUGGGAGUUGUACAUGGACGGUAAGUUUGAUGUUUUGAUUCCUCCUCAUCCCGGAAUUUGAUCCCUUAUAUAACAAUAUUUAACUUAUAUGAAAUAGCAAUAACAAUAUUAAUAAUAUACAUGCAUAAAGAUAUUACUCGACUGUGAUUGGUUGAUUUCAGUGCAGUUAAUCCCAAACAGCAGUGCAAUUUUCUGUAAUCACAGUGCAAUUUUCUGUAAUUACAGUGCAAUUUUUUGUAAUCACAGUGCAAUUUUCUGUAAUCACAGUGCAAAAAGCUGUAACAAACUGAUCUGAUUGGUGGAAAAACAUUGUGAUGAUUAAAUCAACCAAUCAGUUUAAAGCAAUUUAGUUUAAAGAAUUAGUAAAGGUCAUAGAUUGCUUCAAAACAAAACAAACAUGGCGCCGCGCUACACAAAGUAAAAGUUGCCUUCGCGUGGAAAAUAUGCCUUUUAUCUUUAUUUUUAAAUGCAAAAGCAUUUACCGUAAACAAGACUAGCAAAAAUUACAUAGUUGAGUGGAAUUUUCAAGCUGUUAGCGUUGUAUAAUUAUGUGAUAUAACAAAGCCAGGAAAACUUUGCCAGUGGAAUGUUCGCUAUAAACGCGUAAGUUAAAACUAGAUUCUCGAACGUUUUUAUGUAAAUUAUUAAUAAGUAUAAUAGGUUUUGUUUGUGGAAACACCACGUAAAUUUAUUACUGCAGUAAUAAAUUUACGUGGUGUUUCCACAAACAAAACCUAUUAUAUUUUAUCACCAUGCAAACAUACAAAGAACUUAUUAUUAAUAAGUAAUAGCAUGGUUUCUCGUGAAAUUUGGAUAAACAUGCACUCGUGAGUUUUUCAAAGACCUCAAAUAGCACUCGUCCUUCGGACUCGUGCUAUUUUGAGGUCUUUGAAAAACACACUCGUGCAUGUUAUACCCAAAUUGCACUCGAAACCAUGCUAUUACCUAUACUUAACAAUAACAAUAUUAACAAUAUUUAAUAACAAUAUUUAAUAAUAACAAUAUUUAACUUUAUAUGCUUUGACCAGUGAAAAAGGCUGCACUAUUUAGUCUACCGGUCGUGCAGAAUGGCGGUAUAUCCUUCAUCUGACUGAUGAUCCAUUUUUUAUUUAGGACAUAAUCCCUAUCCAGGAAUUACUGAUGGUAGUGAACUGCUCGAGAAAUAUCUAAAGAAAGGCUUCAGGAUGGCACAGCCUGAGAACUGCCCCGAUUCAUUGUAAGUUGUUUUUCAUAUGUUAUAGAUGAGAAUAUAUUAUUUCGUUUAAAUAAUAUCAAUAUAAAUAAAUGCUAGCAUUAAAUUAAUACCUGUAGUUAUCAGUUAAUGGAAAGAUGUUGGUUGAUAAAGCCCGAGGAUCGACCACAAUUUACGCAAGCCUUGCGGGAAUUGGAAAUUAUCAAAGAAGAGGAAAUGGUUAGUUUAAUUUUGCAUUUGUUUAUGUGUUUUUUCCGAAUUAAUCUGCUUUAUAAAUAGUUCUUAAUUAUGCUUGAGUCACAAUAUUUUUCUUUUUCCUUUAAUUCUCUUAAUCACGAAAUUCCACCAAUAAAUCAACGAGUUUGCCGACUAUAUUUUGAAAUGAUCAUGUAAAUUGAACUGGUUCAUCUUAGCUUUCAAUUUGUGCUGAUCCGUGAUUUAGUAUACAUUUUAACCUAUUUUCAGCGAAGAGAAUCAGAGGCCAGCAAGAUCACAGAGGUUAGUGAUGCCGAUGACGUACCAGUGUUUGACGACGAACCACAGGAAACCCAUGUAUUACCACCACAGAAAGAAACACAAACGUCGGAAGAAGACGAAAAGAUACCCCAAAAAGAAGAUACAGAAGUCAGAGUGAACGAAAGCGAGACUGACCCAAUAGAAAUUGGUGUAGUAAACCGCGGGCGCAGUAGUAUUGACAGCGGUGCUAAUGUUGAACUACCGUGCACCUUGAGAAAGAACUCGGUCGAGCAAACAAGUUAUUGUUAAAUAUUUAUACCGUAGUUGAUCAGGAUUUGGUCUGAAAACUCGGCAAACAAUGUCUUUGUUCGAUAUUUUGGUUCAUAUUUAUGCGAAGUUUUGUACAGUGAAGUGAUUUCGUUGAGUCACCGAACUCGUUGAAAUAUUUCGAGGAGAUUUUUUUGUAGGUCAUGUAACACUCAUAAUUAUUUCAUAUAAAAGACGCUUUGAAGCUUGUCGAGUUUCCAGAUCAUAUCGCCGUGUUGGUUAUGAUGAUACCGAGAGCGGGGGCUGGUCCCACGCGAAUAUUAUUUGAUAACUUUAUCAUAGUUCAGUUUGUAAUUUGAAACCGCUGAUUGGGACCAAUCAAAGUUUAAUCGCUAGGAAAUCCAUCAACGCCUUUUUCAAAUAAUAAACGUUUUAAUUUAUAUAUCUAACUUACCUAACGCAAGAAUAAAUUGAAGAGGAAUGAUAUGUGUUUGAUUUCAAGGGUAUAAUAGUAUGGUAAAAAUCUAUAUUAAAUUUUGAACACAUUAUAAUGCAUAACUGUAUAAAUUAUAUACAGUAGGUAAUAGGAUGGUUUCGAGGGCAAUUUGAGAAAACAACAUGUACGAGUGAGUUUUUCAAAGAAUUAAAGUUCAAAAUUUGACGUCUUCUGAAAACCUCACGAAAAUAAAUAUACUACUUAUUAAUAGUUUACAUGAAAAAAUAUGCAGCAAUAUAUUCAUGGUCAUUUGCAUACUGCACGAAAUAUGCGUGUGAGAUCAUUUCAAUGACGUGUUAAAAGACCAUUUUUUUAUUGCACUGCAAUGAAAAUUCAAAAUAACUUUGCUUUUUUCCGAG